AUGAUAUCUUCAUGCUGGACACCAGAUCGAAAUGAACUGGUGGGGAAGCUUGUCAGACGGUUCGCUUUCGACUUUGACGCCGUAUCAAACGCUUUCCGAAACCACCUGCAAAGGGAAGGCGUGGAUUUCAAGUCCGAAGAAACAGCUCCAGCGGCCCUGAGAAAAGUAUAUGCGAGUUUGGAUCGAAAGAGACCUCCACGUGCAGUAGAGAGCGCACCUUUGCCAGGCGUCAGGAAAGAGAACGACGAACCAGGGGGAGAAGCCGACCGCACUCUUGUAGACGUGUCAGGUGGUGAUUGGGAUAGCAUGGGGACUGGUUCGCAAGGAAAGUUGAACGGGUACAUCAUGGGCAACCUACAUUCAAGUCGCUCCGGCUCGGUGACGGGGGAAGGAUACAACAAUUUACCACCACCUGAAAGGAGCGACCAACUUGGAGCAAGCGAUGACUGCCCCUCCGAACGAGAGGAUGUUCAACACACCUCCGGUUCAGAUGAGGGGGAAAAAUCAGUAACUGCACCAUCAUCACUACCGUCGACGGAUGAAUCAGGGUGGGAUUUCGGCAGGUUCCUUGAGGAGCAGAGGCUGAAAGAGAUUCAACACGACGAUCGAAAGGAAAAAAUAUUCCAGAAGGAGGAUCGCCACCUUGCCUGUCAGCGCCAGUCGUUGAAGAAAAGAUACCUUCUGGAUAGCGAGGACUUCAUCGGCGAGGACCCUCUCGGUCUCCUAGACGAUACUACGGCCCCGGCCUUCCAGCAAGAGGAAGGAGACAUUGCGGGAGGUCUGUCUCCACGUCAAUCCCACCGCCAGGAGGAGGCCGAGGAGAGGCUUCAGGGUGAUGAUGCCCACACGAGUCACCAAGCAGCAGCAGGGCCAGUGCGGUUAGAGCUGGGAAUGGACGCGGAAGAGCUCGACAAGAUUCUGAACGAGCUUGAGCGAGAGUCGUCUCUCGCCGGAGGCGGCUGGGCAGAGACCAACUCCGAGUUGUCCCGAGUUCUCGAUGAGCUUGAUGCCGCUGCCAGCGAACCCCCCGCGAAUGCCGUACUUCUCCAGGAUACUCGGGAAUGA